GAAUCAUGCUCUGUAUGACGACGACAAAAUCCGCUCAACUUCACUCCCGUCUCAAAGUCUCUCACAACUGCCAAGACUUCAAAUAUUAAGCUCUCUUCUAGUCUCCUUCCUAUCCUGCAUAACACAGUCUAGCUUUAACUUACCAACAAUUUGGCUUCCAUCCCACUUUACCCCUCUCCACCAAGUCAAGCAUACCCAACCCAGUCACGAUACCACGGCAGUUGAUACGACAUACGCAAGCUUCUCCCUGUCAUUUCCUGCGAUUUCAUCUCGCGAUCCUUUGAAACUCAAUCUUGCACUUAUAGACAUGGCACCCUUGUACCAAAAGACCCUCGUACUCGGUGCUUCUUCCGGUAUUGGAGAGGCCCUUGCCGCCAAGCUCAUAGCCACAGGGACAAAGGUUAUUGUCGUCGGUAGACGGCGCGAUAAGCUUGAAAAGUUUGUGAGGAAGCAUGGGGAGGAUAAUGCAAGGGCCGUGGUGUUCGACGUCACGGACCUGAAUGAAAUCAAAGACUUUGCUGAAACUAUCACCCAGUCCGACCCGGAUCUUGACUCUAUCGUGUUUAGUUCAGGCAUCCAGCGAGGAUUUGACUUUUCCAACCCUGAAAGUCUGGAUCUAUCUGUUCUUGGCAACGAAUUUACCACCAAUUACACAUCUGCCGUCCAUCUCACCGCAGCAUUCCUCCCUCAUCUCAAGAAACAACCCCAAGGCCAUCUAAUCUACAUCAGCGCCACGCUUGGCCUAAUCCCCUCCAUGAUCCGAACACCCAACUACAAUGCAUCCAAGUCUGCCCUCCACACCUUCAUCCUAAACGUUCGAGAACAACUUAAAGCCGGUGGAGCUUCUCAUAUCCGUAUGGUUGAAGUUUUCCCACCGGCUGUUCAGACGGAGUUGCAUGAUGAGAAACAUCAGCCUGAUUUGGUGAAUGGUGGGGAAAUUGGAAUGCCGCUUGAUGAGUUUACGGAGAAGAUGUUUGAUGGGCUUGUUAAGGGUGAUGAGCAGUUUGCUGUUGGGCCGGGGGAGAGUUUAUUCAAGGAGGAUGGGUUUGAGACGCAGAGGAUGAAGCUUUAUGAGGCGGGACGAGAGUUUAUUAACAAGUCUUUGGCCAAGUACUUGAAGAAAUAGGUGCAAGAUAGUAUACCAGACCGUAAGAAAUCAAAUUUGAACUAUGUAGCUUCUGAUGCGCUGUGGUAUAGGAGAG